AUGCAGCAGUAUCAGAUGACUGGUGGUAAAGAUGGCGGCGGGGGCGCGGGUGCUGGAGCCGGGGCCGUCAAUGGAGGCGCUAUUGGUGGCGCCAUUGGCAGCGCGCUCGGGCUAGGAAAUCCGUCUAAUAGCGGAAGUGCGAAUAAUGGUUCGGCCGCUGCUAGUGAAUGGAUGAGCUCGACUCACUGGCAACAGCAGAUGCAAAUGGCUCAGCUGUCGAGGCAGACUGCCAAUUCUCCUCACAGCUAUGCGAGGAGUGCGGCAGUCGCUUCGAGGACUGCCAGUGGCCAGAACCCCAUUCCGCUGACCGUCACUGAAUUGGCGGUUCAGCUCGUUCAACAGAACCAGAAUCAAACUCAGGCCGCUAAAAAUGCCGCCGCUGGUGGCAAUGCCGUGGUAGGAAGACCUGCUGGUGGCAUGUUGAACCCCCAUCAACGCAAAGAACAGCUUGAAGAAGAACGACAACGACGAAUUAAUGAAGAUAUCAAUAAACAGUUUUGGACCGCCAUCGAUUUGAGUGGCCAGGGUCUCACUAAUAUGACCCCUAAACUGUUCAAUUACAACUUUUUACAGAAAUUGUACUUGAAUCACAAUAAGCUUACAAGUCUGCCAGCGUCUGUCACCAAACUUGGCCAGCUCAAGGUACUUGAUCUGUCUGAUAACUUGUUGACUGAUUUGCCAGCUGAAAUUGGCUUGAUGUAUACUCUAAGGUACUUAUUUUUGUUUGAUAACAAACUCCAGGAACUGCCUUAUGCUCUUGGUACUUUGUUUCAAUUAGAAGUUCUUGGUUUAGAUGGUAAUCCUCUUAGUGACCAUACAAGAGAAAUAAUGGCUAAAGAAGGUACUCGUGGUGUAAUUAUCGAUUUACGAGAACGUGCUCCUGUCACUAUCGAGUCUCCUCCUAGAGAAUGGCUAUUAUUCGAAGAAGAUAAAAACAACUCAAAGCCACGAAAGGAUGAACGAACCCCCCAACAACUACAACAAUCUCGUGAUAACAAGGACAAAUCCAAUUCUAAAGAUGAUAAGAAAGAUGGAUCGAGUUCGGCUAAUGAGUCUGAUAGUUCCAGUGUUGCUGGUACUUCUGCCUCUUCGGUGACCACCACUACUAACACCAGUGCUAAUUCGGCAGUUUCGAAUGGUCCACCUAGCCAAUCCGACUUCUCCAUCAUGUCAUACAACACUCUUUGCGACAGAAUGGCCACCCCACAAUUAUAUGCCUAUACACCAUCAUGGGCCCUUGGCUGGAACUAUCGUAAAGAAAGACUUUUGGAGGAGAUCGUCAGCAUUGGUACCGACAUCAUCUGUCUUCAAGAAGUAGAUAAAAUCAGUUACGACGAUUUAUGGGUUCCCAAACUUAGCAAACUCGGUUAUACCGCACUACACUGGCCAAAAGGACGUGCCCGUACAAUGCCUGAAUCCGAAGCCAAGAAAGUCGAUGGCUGUGCCAUGUUUUAUAAACACGAAAAAAUCAAGCUCAUUGAACGCCACAAUAUCGACUACAACCUAUUAGCAUUGCGUAAAGACGACUUUAAAAAGACUGCCGAUAUUUAUAACCGUGUCAUGAACAAAGAUAACAUUGCCAUGAUCAAUGUGUUUGAACAAGUUCAAACCGGCCGUCUUAUGAUUGUCGCCAAUACACAUUUGCACUGGGAUCCCGCCUUUAAAGAUGUCAAACUAGUACAAGUGGCCCUGUUACUUGAAGAAUUAGAAAAGGUCGUUGACAAGUAUACCAGCAAUUCGACUCCCGAAGGCGCCAAGUACCCUAAGCUAACUGAUGGCAAGAAUAUUCCCCUCGUAGUGUGCGGUGAUUAUAACUCGACCACCGACUCGGCUGUAUAUCAACUGUUUGCCCAAGGUAAAAUCGAGGGCACUCAUGAAGACCUCGAAGGACGUGUGUACGGUAAAAUUACCGACGAAGGUACCACUCAUAAACUGGGCCUGAAAUCAGCAUAUAGUGAAAUCGGCGAACUGCCCUUCACUAACUACACCCCGAACUUUGUCGAAGUCAUUGACUAUAUCUGGUACUCGACUAAUUCACUCUCUGUAGGAGGCCUUUUGGGACAAAUCGACCCUGAAUACACCAAGCAUUUUGUAGCCUUCCCCAACCCACACCACCCAUCCGAUCACAUUCCACUUGCUGCCCAGUUCAACUUCAAAAAAGUCAAGGAUGCGCCUCCUAAGCACACCUCGACCCCCAACUUUGGAAACACCAGCUACGGCUCCUCUCGUAAGACCUGA